AUCCGAAGUCUGGGUGUGUUAAAACAGUUUGCAACUUUGCAUGAGAUCAUUGUCGAAGUGACAGCUGUCUGGGCAUACAAAUGGCACAUAAAAUUACGAAGUUGACUGUCAGCGAUGUAAGAUUUCCAACGUCUCUGGAGCACCAUGGUUCAGAUGCAAUGCACACCGACCCAGACUACUCAGUCGCCUAUGUUGUGAUCGAAACUGAAUCCUGUAUGAAAGGGUACGGCCUGACAUUCACUGUAGGAAGAGGAACAGAAAUCGUGGUGUGUGCUGUGGAGGCCUUGACUGGCUUUGUGGUGGGGAAAUCUCUGGAGGAGAUAGUGAGUGACUUCCGUGGAUUCUACCGCCUCCUGACCAAUGAUGGACAGAUGCGAUGGAUUGGACCAGAGAAAGGCGUUAUCCAACUGGCCACUGCAGCCCUCCUCAACGCAGUGUGGGACCUCUGGGCCAGAACCGAGGGCAAGCCACUGUGGAAGCUACUUGUUGACAUGGAUCCCAGGAAGCUUGUCUCGUGUAUUGACUUCAGAUAUAUAACUGAUGCUCUGACAGAGCAGGAGGCGUUGGGUAAUGUUCGCACACACACACACACACCGACUGCCACUAUGAACAGACACACUUCACUAUCUCUCUUUAACCGUCUCUCAGAUAUGCUCAUGAAAGCUCAGGAGGGCAAGGACCGACGAGAGGAACACAUGCUGACGGAGGGUUACCCCGCCUACACCACCUCCUGUGCCUGGCUGGGAUACUCUGAUGAGCUACUCACACAGAUGUGCUCAGAUGCCCUCAACAGUGGAUGGACCAAGUUUAAGGUGAAGGUUGGAGCCGACCUAAAGGACGACAUCCGUCGCUGCAGUCUCAUACGGAAGCUGAUUGGUCCCAACAACACUUUGAUGAUCGAUGCCAACCAGAGGUGGGAUGUUGGAGAGGCUAUCACCUGGGUGUCUGAGCUGGCCCAGUACAAGCCCGUGUGGAUUGAGGAGCCCACCAGUCCUGACGAUAUCCUCGGCCAUGCAACCAUCUCCAAGGCCCUGGCUCCUCUGGGGAUUGGAGUAGCCACAGGAGAACAGUGCCACAACAGGGUGAUGUUUAAGCAGUUCCUACAAGCAUCGGCGCUUCAGUUUGUCCAGAUUGACAGCUGCAGACUGGGCAGUGUCAAUGAGAACCUGGCUGUACUGCUCAUGGCCCACAAGUUCCAGGUGCCUGUGUGUCCUCAUGCUGGGGGAGUUGGACUGUGUGAGCUGGUCCAACACCUCAUUCUCUUCGACUACAUCUCCGUGUCCGCCAGCCUCCACAACCGGAUGUGUGAGUACGUGGACCACCUCCAUGAGCACUUUAUCAGUCCUGUGGUGCUGAGGGACACUCACUACAUGCCUCCCAAGGAUCCAGGAUACUCCUGCGAGAUGGUGGAGUCGUCUGUGCAGAGACACCAGUACCCUCAGGGAGAGGUCUGGAGGAAGCUCCUGAAUCCGUGAGGAAAAUAAGAGUGAAGAAGCAGACAUCAGAGAAUUAUUUCAUUUUCAGUUGGCACCGACCCAUUUACUUCACUGCAGGGGGUGAUAAAUUAAGUACACUAAAGUACUUGAUGAAUAAUUUAGUGACUAUCAAACUGUGCAAAAAACCUGAUACUUUAUGUUUUGUUCUUUUUAAACCAAUGUCACUGCAUUUUUUUUUUAUACUUGAUUUUCCAUUGUUGUACAAUAAGCUGUUGUAUAAUAACUACAUUAAACAAUGGAAUAUAUAAAU